CGGCCAUGGCUCGUAAACGCUUUGAUCGGGCAAAAGGUAAGGUAAGGGAGGGUCACUACUAAGCAGGAACCUACCGUACGCAUCUGCCUUUGAUGGAGCCUGUCACUGGCCUCCCCAUUCUUCCUUGUUGAUCUCAUAUGUGUGUGCCCUCCUCCCACAUUUUCCCUUUUCCCUUUUCCCUUUUCCCUUUUGCCUUCUGCUUUCUGCUCUCUCCCCUCCUCUUGUCUGCCUUUGAAUCCGCGUGAGACAUUGCUUGUGUCAUCAUCUUACCUUGCCUUCUUGUGCUCAAUUCUCUGCUGCAUCAUAUCCUCAAGCACAUCAUCCCUCCUCGAGAUCACAUCAUUGGCCCCUCUCGCCCCUGAUAUACCCGAUUUGUCUUCCUGCCAAAGAGCAAGAAGCAUUCUCUACCCCUUGCCUCUUUCCAAAUCCAUACUUUCAACACCAGCCACGUCAAAAUGGGCGCCCACCGCGAAUCGUCCAGCUCGAACCUCGAGUCUGGCUAUGCCUCAGGGGCUUCAUCCGCCAGCAGCCUUCCUCAGAUUGUUCUCACUAAAGAACACCUCAAGUUCCUCAACAGCACCCUCAACAACCUCGAGCCCAUGGAUAUCCUCCGCUGGUGCAAGAUCGCUUUCCCAAAUCUCUACCAAACGACGGCCUUCGGUGUCUCUGGUCUCGUCACCCUAGACAUGCUCUCUAAACUUCAGACCGAAACUCCAUCAGCACCCUCAAUCGACGCAAUUUUCCUCGAUACCCUGUACCAUUUCCAGGAAACCCUGGACCUCGUCGAGAAGACCAAGGUCAGGUACCCCAAUGUCAACCUUCACGUCUACAAACCCGAGGGUUGUUCCACUGCGGCCGAAUUCGAAGCAAAACACGGAAAGGAACUCUGGAAGACAAACCCCGAUCUGUACGAUUGGGUUGCCAAGGUUGAGCCCGCACAACGAGCCUACUCGGAUCUAUCCGUCGCGGCUGUUUUGACUGGUCGUCGUCGGUCUCAGGGAGCGAAGCGCGAGAGUCUGGAAAUCAUCGAAGUCGACGAGGCGGGGCUGAUCAAGAUCAACCCGUUGGCAAGCUGGAGCUUCAAGCAAGUGGAGGACUACAUCAGGGAGAACAACGUUCCAUACAACGAGUUGUUGGACCGGGGUUACAAGAGUGUUGGCGAUUGGCACUCUACCGAACCCGUCAAGGAGGGAGAAGAUGAGAGAGCCGGGCGAUGGAAGGGCCAGGCGAAGACGGAGUGUGGUAUCCACAACAAGAGAAGCAAGUAUGCUCAAUUCCUCUACGAGGCGGAGCAGAAGCGCCAACAAGAAGAGCUUGCUGCUGCAUUAAAGAAGGUUGAGCUCAAGGAGGGCAACGCUGAGGAGAUCGCGGCAUGAUAGCAAGAGCUAUGUUUUGAUCUCGAGAUUUUCCUGACUUGCAUU